AUACGUACAGGCACAGGCUCACCUCUACUCGCAGUGGUCGCUGCCAGAUACUUGCUAUCCUAUGGUACCUGGGACAGAGAUGGAUGCUGCUUAUGAAUGUCUCCUCGCUUGAUUUUAUUCUUUUCUGUUUACCCCUGGCCUCCUCGACAACCAGACAGCAGAGCACCACAAGGGGGCAGACGUCGACCAGGCAGCAGCAGCUCAGCCAGCAGCUACAGACGCAGAUGACAUAGUAACGCGCGCAUCUCCUGGCACACACAACAAGCCGACUCCCUUUCCAAUUGCACCACAAAGGCCUGCCUCUUUUUUGCCAUACCUAAACGACGCCAUACCCUGACAGCAUACCACGACACGACACAACACACACAACACAUCCUCUACAACCAUGGCCACUAGCGUACGGCCUCUCCAGCUAAGGAAGAAAGACACACCCAUCGCCGCCUUCAGCUCAAACGGUUCCAUCACACCACCCGCUUCUCCUCGCUCCUCCUCCGGCGCAAGCUCACUCAAGUCCGCCUCUGCACGCGUCGCUUGCCCACCACUCACCGUUUACUUGCGCGCAUUGCACCCCUACACAGCGACACCUGACCCAAACUCAGACGCGCCCUGUUUGUCACUUCAAGAAGGCAGUAUUCUCUACGUCCACAGCGUUCACAGUUCAGGCUGGGCCGAUGGAUCCCUUCUGGAUGGCCAACGCGGUUGGUUCCCUUCGAAUUAUUGUGAGCCUUACAUUCUCUCUGCUUUGCAAGACCUCUCAGGGGCUCGCACAGCACUCGAAACAGCCAUCUGCACAGACAAUGAAGCGAAAUACGGAGCAGGCGUCGCUGAUCUCGUCGCUAGCGUGCGUGGCAUUCUCGACCGCGCAGGUUGUCUCUCUCGUGAAUCACCACUUGUCCAAACACACGAACACGUUAAGCGAGAUCGAAAACUCUUGUUGUCUGAACUCUCGGGCUUGGCUAAUGUUGCCAAGAAUCGCGCAUCGCCACCAGGUCAACUUGGGCCUGAAUUGUUGUUGCGCUCUGAACGCGUUGUUGCGCGUGCUGGCAAGUUUGUGCAUGCUGUGGGUCCUUUGUGUGGGUUGUAUGCGGCAGAAGGCGCAAAAGCAGCAUCGACUGUACCUGAACUCAUCACAACGCCACCCGUCUCCUUUGAUGGCGGUGUCGGUGCUGGGAUCCCAGAAUUGCAGGAAGUACAAGCAGGUAUGCUGUCACCUGAACCGUCAUCUCAAGGAGAAUCGCAGCUCCCGACAAGUUACUCUGCACAGAUUGUCUUGAAUGGCACGCAUACGGCGUUUUACUCCUUCCUCUCUGCUUUCAUUGGCAGACUGCAACUCGAACAGCAAACGCAAAGUGCCAAUACCUUACAAGACGAAACUCGUGGCUGUGUGCAGGUAGCACGCUCGUUUCUGGCAGUGCUCGAGAGUAUCUCUGGACACUUUAAGCAUGAUCGACAACUAAUUGUCACGCGCGAUACCCUCUACAACAAGAUUUCAAGGUUCGUUGCACAGUCACAGGGACUGGUGCAAGUCAGUGAUGGCGUCAUGUUUGAGACGAGUAAGCUGGUUGCUUCUGCUACGGGCAUUGUCAAGGCUGCUGGAGAUUGUCUCGCGCGUGCUCUCUUUGUGAUUGAGACGCAAGGGGAUUUCGAACUUACUCCUUCUACGCACCAAGCGGAUGUGGGUGCAUCGCUGCCAAGGGAUGAGAACUCCUCAUCCACACUGGCUUCGUCUUGCGAUGAUCGUGGCUCCAAAGAUGUUCAGGCCCAGGUGGAAGCCAUGGCUAUCCCAUACAAGCUGGUCGAACCACUUGCACCCCGAGCUGAAGCAACCUCUGUCCCACUCACACCAACAUUUACACGCGACAGCACAAACAGUUCAUCCGAAUCUCUUGCCUCAAAACGCCAGUCUGCCACCUCAUUGCUUGAUUUUGACGCAGAAGACUUUGAAGUCGCCACAAACGCCGAUGGUCACCUCACUGGUGCAACCCUCGCGUCCCUCAUCGUCCAACUCACCCCUCAAGACCAAGCGCCCGACCCACAACUCACCACCACAUUCUUCCAUACCUUUCGCCUCUUCACGAAACCACACACCCUCGCCAUCCUGCUUGUGUCACGCUUCGCAAUGCCUGCACCGUCACCGUGUCCAGAGAAUUGGGAAACGCGUGUUGCGAUCCCUGUACGACUUCGCGUUUACAACGUCUGUAAACACUGGGUUGAAUGUUACUGGCGUGCCGAUACAGAUGCAGAGGCUUUGGAUGUCUUGCUGGAAUUCGCAAAAGGUGUAUUGAGUGAUGCAUUGCCACAGGCUGGUAAACGGCUCACAUCACUGGUAGAGGGCUUGGCUACCCUCUCUGCUACCGGGACAUUGACGGAUCGACCUGCAACGGAAGGGCUCCUUCGACCGAUCAUGAUGCGUGGUGUACCGCAUAUUUCUGGUGGUGCGUUGACAGAUACACCCAUCCCACCACCCAUGAUGAGUAAGACGCAAUACGCCACCUUGCGACUUGCAUUGGCCAAUAUGACCGUUUCUGAAGAAAGUCCCUCACCGGCAGCGACGUGCAGUCUUUUGGAGUUUGAUGAUUUGGAGAUUGCUCGACAACUCACACUCCUUGAAUCAGAAACAUUCUGCAAGAUCACCCCUGUCGAGUUGAUAGGACAGGAGUUUAGCAAGAAGAAGGGUCACUCCCUUGCUGUUCAUGUCAAGGCCAUGUCGGCGGCAAGUACGGAUCUUGCUGGUUGGGUGGCAGAUUCUAUUUUGGCGGAGACUGAGCAGAAACGACGUACACUCGUCCUCAAGCACUGGCUGAAAGUGGCUGAACGAUGCGCUCAAUUGAGCAACUACAAUACCCUCAUGGCUAUCAUGUCGGCAUUGAAUUCGAGCACUAUUGCACGACUCAAGAGGACAUGGGAGGGAUUGAACAGGAACCAGCGUGGAUUGUUGGAUCAUUUACGCUCCAUCACCGAUCAUCAGCGCAAUUACGCCUUGUACCGUGCCCGUUUACGUCAGACCACCACGCCGUGUCUGCCAUUCUUGGGUCUCUACCUCACAGACUUGACAUUUGCAGAUGAAGGGAAUCCCAAUACCCGACCCAGCAAGUUGACGGAUCGUCCACUCAUCAAUAUUGACAAACACAUCAAAGCCGUCAAGAUUGUGUUUGAGUUGCAAAAGUUCCAAGUCCCUUAUCGUUUGGCGCCAGUACCAGAACUACAAACGUACAUUGCUGCGUGUCUUGCUAGGAUUCGUGCAGGUACGGCGGAUCACUGGCGACGUAGCUUGAUACUUGAGCCUCGACCACAGGGAUCUGCUAUGCGCAGGGAGAGUAGUGCUGCUUCUGCGUCUGAUGCCGAUGGAAUGAGUAGCAGUGGGAGUAUCAGGUCUCUCAAACCACGAUUAUUUGCGAGUUGGACGAGUUGAGUGGUUACAUGUUGGCAAGGUUUCUGCUGUUCUUCAAUAUCUUUCUUCACACUCCUUUGGCUUUAAUGCCGCCUUCAUGUUGACCUAUUCGCAUCACUCUCUUC